CAGGUUCCCUAUGCAGUCAAAGGCAAUGAGUGGGUGGGAUUCGACAACAAGCAGAGCUAUGCAAUCAAGGCACAGUACAUGAAAGAUAACAACUACGGCGGAGCGUUCGUCUGGUCUCUGGAUCUGGAUGAUUUUGCUGGACAGUUCUGCGGUCAGGGAAGUUAUCCUCUCAUUAGAUAUCUGCGUUCUCUUCUGGAUUCAGAUACCCCACCAAACCCUGCUGUUACCACAGUAGCACCAGUUUUUACAACAAACCAGCCUGGCCACAAUUCAACCAAAACUCCCCACCCAACCACUGGGAAAGUGACCACAAACAAGCCCAACCCUGUUACAUCCAYAGCAGCUGCCGGCGCCACCACUCCCAAAACAACCAAAUCUCCUGUUUCUGAGAGCGAAUUCUGUACUGGAAAGUCCGAUGGUAACUACAAAAAUGAGAAAGACGGAGGCACCUUYUAUCAGUGUGCCAGUGGAAUCACCUACUUACAGAGAUGUCCUGUCAAUCUGGUUUUCAGUGACAGAUGCAACUGUUGCGAAUGGCUCUGAGUAAAGAUGUCAUUUACGAAAUCGGGCUGCAUUGUACUCUCGGUUUGUUAAUUAAAAUUGUAAAUGUUCCCUAAUAUAAAAUGUAAUAUAAGUAACAUGUACAUAAAAUGAUUCAGUAAAGCUUUUGUGAAUAUACUGUAAAUGCUGGAUUGGCAAUGUGCAUGCAAUGUCCUCUCGUGGUCUAUAAUUAUGUUCUUGUUUGUCACCUUUAUUUACAAAAACCAAAAGGAGAUUGUUUAGCCACAGCAUUUUAGGUGCAAUGUGUCUUAAAGUAAUUCAUAUUGUGGCGAUUUGCUGUUUUUAAAGACCAACAUCUUUCAAUAAAUGUUCUUAUUUUUUGCUU